GGAGUUUAGCUGCAAAGUCCGACACUGCACAGACAGACAUGGGUGUCGCAGCCAAACUGGUGGUCGUACUGUGUAUGUUACAGGCGUAUGCAGCCGGACCACUGCCGGUCACUGACGGCUACACUAAUAUGGGGGAUGAAUUCCAGGAUAAUUUGGCAAACGUUGAUUCUAAAACUCUUCUGGAUAUGGAGAAAGAAUUACAAGAAAUGAAAAGGACCUUAAUGUCUCUCAGCUUUCUAGAAGGUCAGAAGGAAGAUAACAGCAGUGCGUCACUGGACACCUUAAGUCAGAUUCUAGAGGCCAAUAAAGAUACCAAUGUGCCAUUAGUACAAGGAGACAUACUGGAAAAACUGGGGCGCAGUACCACAAACUGUACAAGCUGCUUGUGGCCAAGAGCCACCAGUGGGCUGGUCAACGUACCAUACACAAUGCAAUAUAUUGUUAUAGAGACCUACCUACAAGAAAUGAAAAGGACCUUAAUGUCUCUCAGCCUUCAAGAAGGUCAGAAGGAAGAUAACAGCAGUGCGUCACUGGACACCUUAAGUCAGAUUCUAGAGGCCAAUAAAGAUACCAAUGUGCCAUUAGUACAAGGAGACAUACUGGAAAAACUGGGGCGCAGUACCACAAACUGUACAAGCUGCUUGUGGCCAAGAGCCACCAGUGGGCUGGUCAACGUACCAUACACAAUAGCCUCUGUGUUUGAUGACAGCGAGCAGGAACUGAUUCAAGGGGCUCUGAAUGAGCUUAUGACACUGAGCUGCAUCAGAUUUAAAGCACGUACGAUAGAGACCGAUUUUCUGAGCUUUCAGUCAGGGAAUGGCUGUUGGUCAUCUGUGGGGAAGACAGGAGGAAGCCAAGAAGUGUCUGUAUCCAAAAGCGGAUGUAUGUCUCACGGAAUUAUCCAGCAUGAGACUCUACAUGCCUUGGGGUUCAUUCAUGAACACUGCCGAAGUGACCGGGACAACUAUGUGGACAUCAUAUACAAAUACAUCAGUGAAGGUGACAGAUCAAGCUUUACUAAGGUCAACUCCAACAAUCUUGGACUUCAGUAUGACUACUCAUCAGUGAUGCACUAUGGCAGAUUUACCUUCACCAACACUCCCGGACAGGCAACAAUAAUACCCAAACCAGAUCUAUCUGUACCUAUUGGCCAAAGAUAUGGCGUCAGCAGCCUUGAUGUCGCUAAACUUAAUAAGCUCUACAAUUGCAAUAUUUGCAGCAAUUUGCUUAGCGAUACCAGUGGAACGUUCACCUCUGCAAAUUAUCCAUCGGCCUACCCUCCUAAUUCCAACUGUACCUGGUUGAUUCGGUUACCAUCUGACAAGGUUUUCUUACAGUUCAAGGCUUUCGAUAUUCAGUUCUCUUCAAAAUGUGCCUCCGAUUAUCUCAAGGUGUAUGACGGAGAUAGCAGGUCGGCCCCGGUGUUACUUAACAGAGCUUGUGGGACAGGGCAGUUGCCCCCUUUGGUGGCAUCUGGAAACACAUUACUGGUGGAGUUUGUCUCUGACGCAUCAGGGCUUGCAUUGGGCUUUAAGGCUUCAUACAGCACAGUGACAUGUGGUGGCACCUACUUGACAGACAAUGGGGUUGUUACAUCUCCAGGAUAUCCAUCCAACUAUCCUAACUCCAUGGCUUGUAUCUAUAAUAUUGUUGCCCCUGUAGGUUACAAGAUUUCACUGGCGUUUACCAGCUUUGAGACGGAGUAUGCCUCAAAUUGCAUGGAGGGCUUCGACUACCUGGCGAUCUAUGAUGGCAGCAGCCUCACUGCCCCAUUGCUGAGGAAACUCUGUGGCUCCCCACAAACCAUUCCAACGCUGGUCUCUACAGGAAACACCUUGCUUCUCCAGUUCAUAAGUGAUAUCUUUAUGAAUUAUCCAGGGUUCCGUGCCACCUACUCAUUCGUGCCACGGUAAUGCUGAGAGAAAAGGCGUUCCCAUUGCAGUCAUCGGCAGAACAGAUCCUCUACAGCUGACCUUUAUCUGAAGAACAUUGAGAAUUUGUACAUUCCAGUUAAUUUAAAAAACACAAUAAAUGUUUAUAUUUAACAACUACA